AUGCGGUACCGGCCGGCCAGCGGCCAGCCGACACAAUACCGCCUGAUGCUGCCACAACAUGCCGACGGGAAAACACCUCUGCCGCUGGUCCUUUCGUUCCACGGGUGGGCCGGCAACCUGUCGGAGCGGCCCGUGCUCCUCGCGCACGGGCGGCAGCACGGCUACAUCGUCGCCGCACCGACCGGCUUUGCAGACGAUUUGUGGCCGUCGUGGAACGGCGGCGGCAGCACACGCUCUCCAGGCCGGCUCGGCGCCACCUGCCUCGACCCGACGGGCUCGCUCUGCCUGGGAGGGGCUACUGCUACGCCUCCUGCGGCACGUGCGGCGGCGCUGCUCGACGAGCUGCUCGGCGACGUGUGCGUCGAUGCGUCCCGCGUCUUUGCGACGGGCGUGUCCAACGGCAGAGCCAUCUCUCUCUCGCCUCCGACCCGCGCACCGCCGGCCGGCUACGCGCCCGUGGUUGGGUCCCCUCAUGCCGGCUUCAACGCGCCGCCGCUGCACCCGCCGGCGGCCUUGCUCGCGCGUGCGAGCGACGGCGUGGCAGUCGACACGAGCUACGCCGGGGGCUGGAGGUUUCCGGGAGCCUUCCAGGAGCCUUCUAGGCGAACGGCUGCCGGCCCGAGCCACAACCGCUCGGACAGCCGCACUCGUGGGGCGGCAGAGGCUGCGUGGGCUACCAGUUUUGUGCGGGCGGUGGUCGAGUGCGUGUGGGGCGGCGGCGGGCACGACGCGCCCCCGUGGGCCGAGGACCGCGCUUCCUAG